AUGGACGAACUGGACCAGUUGGACACGAUCCGGCAGCCCUUUGGUCUUGUCAUUAUAUACACCACCUUCUAUGCCUUCGUGUUCUUACUCGGCCUAAUUGGCAAUGUCUUCGUACUAUUGGCCAUUAUAUGGCAUCCAACCCUGAGGUCAACUACGGAUUACAUGAUAUCAUCGCUGGCGUCCGCUGACUUGUUGAUCAUUGUGUUUUGUCUACCUACUACGUUGUUGAACAACCUACUGACUGGUGGGUUUUUUUUGAUUUUUAGGUAGGGUAGGGUAAAAUGUGCUGUAAAAAGGGUAGGACAGGAUAAAAUUAGUUGUGACUGGGGCAGGGCAUGAUAAAACACGUUGUACAAAGGGUACAACAAUGUAAAAUAAGCUGUAUAAUAGUUAGGCAAGUUGAAAUAGGCUUCAAAAAGAGCAGCGUUAAGGGUGAGAAUAGGGCCGGGCUUACUUUUUAGGCCCGGUGCAGCCCGGAGAUCUACGUUUAGGCCCGUUGCAACUUUAGCUCAAGGCCAGCCAAACCGGGCCGGGCUUACAUUAGACGGCCCGUUUAUCACCCCUACGCAGUGUAAGACUUUGACUAGCUUAAGAAAAGGCUUGGUAAAGUUAGGGCAAACCAUGACGGAGCAGAAGGUUAGUAUAGGUAUAGGAUAAGCUUUCGAUAGUAUCGAUAUAGGGCAGGUAAGGUAUGACCAAAUAAAACUAAGGUAGGGCGGGUAGAAGGCCAGGAAAGGGCUAGGUGAGAACAAAACUAAGGCUAAGGCUAAGGCUAAGGCCAAGGCUAAGGCCAAGGCCAAGGCCAAGGCCAAGGCCAAGGCCAAAGCCAAGGCUAAGGCCAAAGCUAAAGCUAAAGCUAAAGCUAAAGCUAAGGCUAAGGCUAAGACUAAGGCUAGCUUUUGACCUUAUUCAGGAUCAUAAAAAACAAUACCAUCUCAUACGUCAUAGAUCGUGUUUCACAAAACAUAAGCCGGGUUGUGGGUUGCACUUUAAAUUUUGACGUAUCAAACAGCAUUUCAAGUCAGUUCAAGAUAGCCGGAAUCUAAUUUUAAUUGGGUUUAAUUUGAGUUUAAAAAUUUAAAAUGGCUAAUUUUGGAACGUUUAACGGACUAAAAGUGCAAAUAUUUACAUUAAUUUUUUGAAUUCUGUGAACUGAAGUAAGAUAAACUUUGGCAUGGGCUUUUGGGUUUUAAUCAUUUUACAGUUGGGCAGGGUAAAAAUGGUGCUUUUUAAUUUUUUUGAAAUUGGGUUUUAAGAUUGCACAGUGCAUUGUCAUUGUUCUUUAAACCUAAGUAUCAGAUUCAAAUUUAAAAGUAAUGUAAAAUACGAAUCAAUAAGUUUUGUUUAUUUUAGAAUGGCAGCUAGGAGCAGUUGGUUGCAAACUCUCAACUUUUAUCAACUCCACCACCUCUUGUGCCAGUAUAUUCACCUUGGUCGCAGUAACAGCCGAUAGGUAUCUCGCCAUCUGCCAUACUUUAAAAUAUGCCAUGUGGGAAGCCUCAUACACAUUAUAUGUUAUUCUGGCUAUAUGGGUGACGUCAGCGGUGUUGGCAUCGCCAAAUUUGGUGUUCUACGACGAAGUCCUCUAUGAUCUUUUGCCGCCGAACGGCACGUUGGUGGCACGUUUGUGUGUUUCGACACAAGACGACUUUUUGCACUUUAUCAUUGUUAAUCUUAUCAUUGCCUUCAUUGUGCCAACCUGCUUGAUCAGUGUGUCUUAUGCACUGAUCUUUAAAACGGUCUCGAAUCAUCGGAGUUUGGCGGUGGAUGCGAGGGUAAGUGCCAUUUUUGUUGUAGCUGGCGAUGCUAAGUGGACGAUAAAAACCUGUGUUAGGGGUAGGAUUGAGGCUAGGUCUAGGACUAGCUAUAAAGUUACAAAAUUUUAUUUCUUCAUUUUCAGAUCCGUGACGAACGUGUAAAACUACGAGUAGCUACUAUGAUGUUAACUGUCAUUAUUGUUUUUAUGUUAUGUUGGACGCCUUUAUAUGGUAAGUGUAACUAAGCAGCUAUUUUUUGUUUUGUAAAGAAAGUUUUUGCAAUUUUUUGUUUUGUGAAGAAAGUUUUUGCCAUUUCUUGGUUUGUAAAGAAAGUUCUUGCCAUUUCUUGGCUUGUAAAGAAAGUUCUUGCCAUUUUUUGUUUUGUAAAGAAAGUUCUUGCCAUUUCUUGGUUUGUAAAGAAAGUUCUUGCUUAUUUUGCCAAUCAUAUAAACUACAAACCUAAUUUUUAAAAGUCUGUGUUCAAUUAAACUUGAAAAAAAUUAAUCUCGAGAAUGUUUUAACGGUUUCAUUACAACCCCCUUAGGGCUAAUAUAAAACAUUUAUUUGUUUUUUAUUACAAUUAACUUCCUGUUUCAUUGAAAAUGUCUAAAAAACGAAAAAAUAGCAAGAACUUUCUUUACAAAACAAAAAAUGGCAAGAACUUUCUUUACAAUACAAAAAGUGACAAAACUUUCACUCUUACCACAUCAUUUUAUACCUACUGUAAUCCACCCAUAACCUUACAAUAAUAGGCCGUAUAGCUAAAUUUACAUUUCCAGCUAGUUAGUCAUUAAUCUUCUAGCCAAAAAUAACUUUUUUCGAAUUCAAUUUGACGUAAAAACCAAAGCUUAACCGUAUUUUAGAGACAAGGGGGAUUAAGAAUGUCACAACAAGUGUUUGUUGACAAAUUGCCUUAGGGGAUAAUCUACAGUUAAGAUACGAAAAGUCGUGGACGGGAUAGAGGAAGAUGAUUAGUUAAGAAUACGUGAGAUAAAAGGAAGAUUUUGAACUUGAAAUUAACUGUAGUCUUAGUUAGACUAGACUUAAGCUUAAUUUAGGCCUAGUCCUAAUUGUAACACUGGUUCUGGUUUUAGUUUAGCCAUAGCUUUAGCUUUAGUUCUAGCUUGAGGAAUAGCCUUAGGACUAGCGGUCGGCUUCUAGUUAUAGGCCUAUUUUAAGGUUUAGUCUUAAGUCAAGCUUUAGGCAUAGCAUUAGAUCUAGACUUAUAACUAGCUUUAAGUCUAGCCUUAGGCAUAGGCUUAAGCUUGGCUGUUGGUCUAGCUUUAGAGCUAGUUUUUGUCUCACUCUUAGGCUUAGCUUUAGGCCUAGCUUUAUAACUCGCUUUAAGUCUAGCCUUAUGCGUAAGAUUAGGCCUAAUCUUAGGCCUAGACUUAGGCCUAACCAUAGGUCAAGCGUUAAUUCUAGCUUCAGACAUUGCCUUAGGCUAUUCCUUAGCUUUAGCCUUUACAUAUAUAUAUAGUCUUAGGUAUAAUCUUAGCCAUAAACUUAAGCCUAGGCUCAGGUUCAGCUCUAGGCCUAUUUUUAGGUCUUGCUUUAAGCUUACUCUUAGGCUUAGCCUUAGGUCUAGCCUUAGUUUUAGCAUUUUAUUCCUAGCUUUAGAACUAGUUUUGAUUUUAAGCUUCAGCACUAGCCUUAGCAUAUCACUAGUUCAAUACCUAUUUCUAGCUUUAGCCUUACCUUCAAUUCAAGUUUUACUACUAGUUCUAAGCCUAAUUCUGUACAACAAAAAUAUUUAAAAAAUUCAAAAAAGCAUGUUUUAAUUUUAAAAAACGUUUUUUCACAAAACUAAAUGUAUCCAUUUUCAGCCCUGUACUGUUACUUCUUCAUGGCAUCCGACAAGAACUCUGCCUUCUUCCAAUUCGCCUCUUCAAUCCUCCGGCCAAUCUUCCAAUGGCUUUCCCUCUUAUCAUCUUCAAUCAACCCACUAGUCUACAUUGGCUACUCCCAAAAGUACCGUCGAGCUUUCCACACCUUACUGUUACUGCCAUGUCAAAUGAAGUACAACAAGAUGAGGUCGGCGACACGAACAACCUUCCGACUAUCGACCGAACGGUCGAACAACGAAAAAGGGGCCAUAUCACCAGGCCAGACUAGUAAAAAGUACACUUUGCUGGGACCACAAAGGCGGAUGACGACUAGUGUAGCAGCGUGGCCAGAUGAGAACUCGAAUGGUACAGCGUUGGGGUUGAGGCGGGCUAGUCAACCUCACUUCCUGACACCACCACUGCCUACGAACGGAGUUGUAGCUAAUGGGAAGGACAAGAGAAGCCGGACACCACCACCCAAUGUUAAUGGACUUGCUACACCCAAUGUUCAGUACACCAUGAUUAAUAACAACUUUGGACCGGUUUCGCAGUGCUGA